CUUCGUUUGCUAUUAAUUAAGGGGGUAAAACGAAUUAAAUGCAGUCAGAUAUAAGCAAGCAAAGGAAGCAAAAUCAGUUAGAAAGAUUUUUGCACAGCAAUACAAUUAAAAAAAAAUUUUGAAUAUUGUGUAUAAAGAUCACAAGUAGACUAUAAACUUUCUGAUAGAUAUUCUUCUAAAUGAAACUUUUUGAUUUCAUUUAAUUUUUGUUCAUUCAUCAAAAACUGUUUAUUUAAAUAUCGUUCAUUCCUUUUAAGUCCCAUCUCUAACUUUUGUGUUUGUAUACGUUCGAACAAUUGCAUAAUUACAUAAAAAAAUGUUAGCGUGUGUCCGUUUUUUUAUUUGUGUGGCGUGAUUUUUGAAGUGUGUGUUUUAGCAACAACACGCCCGUAUUAGCAAUCCUCAAAAUGCAGCUGCACGUCAGAGGUCAAUCGACACACGUCUUGGAUGUCAAUGGCGAGGAGUCCAUUGGACAAAUCAAGGACCGCAUCAGAGCUUUGGCUGAGGUUGGAGCUGAAGAUUUAACACUGUCAGUGAAUGGUGCUCCCCUUGAGGACUCAUGCCUGGUUUCUGAGCUGUCCUCAACUGAGUUGGACCUCACAGUGCCAUUGCUCGGUGGUAAAGUACACGGCUCCCUAGCUCGUGCUGGUAAGGUCAAAGGUCAAACCCCAAAAGUUGAAAAACAGCAAAAGAAAAAGAAGAAGACUGGUCGUGCCAAGCGCAGGAUCCAAUACAACAGAAGAUUCGUCAAUGUUGUCCAGACCUUCGGCCGUCGCCGUGGACCCAACUCCAAUUCAUAGGUUACUUUUGUUGUAAAUAAUAUGCAAAUAUAACAUCUUUUUUGCUCCAUUUGAUUGUUUUAAUUAAAGAGUUGCCUUCCAUAUCCAAAUAAAUCAUUAAAAGAAAUACCGACUCAUGAAAAGUUGUAUUUCUAUCGGAUAAAAUCUAGUUGGAUAGGGAAUAAUUUGUUGAGUUAUCCUGGCUAGUUAACAACUCACGGCAUGCUUCAGUGCUGUCAUCUACCGCUCCAUUUCAGGAAAUCCAGUGAAGCCACUCAGUGGGUACAGGCAGUGUACUCACAACACAGAAACCCUUUUCUAUGUUCUGCGAGUGCACUGCAUAUAGAGCAACACGGCCGAUGCACUCUAUGGCAGUGCAUAAUAGAGAUGAGAUAAAGCUCUAAUAAAUUAUAUAUCUGUUAGGCGAUUCUCACGUAAGAAGUGCGU